UAAUAUUUUGUGAUAAUGAUAAAAUUAGUGCUAGUGUUAUUUUUUGUGAUAGGUGCUUUCGCACAAAACAGUUUUGAAAGUUCAGGUGUUCAACUAGCUUUAAAAAUUUACGAUGAUUGCUCGAAAACCGAAGGAUUAUCAGUGUGUUUAAAGAAGAAAGCUAUCACUUUCAUCGACAGAUUGGGCCGCAUGGACAAACUUUCGCUUAGCGAUGGAAUUGUAGUUCAUAAAACAGCAGAUGCGCCUAAAGAUGCAGCUGCUAUAACAGAAGAGGAACUGGAUAAAACAUUACAAAGAUCUUUAGAUGCGAAAGAUGAUGCUCUUACGGGAAUUAUGUUUGAGAAAAUCAGCAAUUUCAUUGGAUCGAGAUCGAUUGAAGUCGCUUUGCCAAAAAUUGAUGCGUCAGAACUUAUCGAAGAAGGUCGUAAAGGAGACUUUGACUUCGGAGGCGGCGGUGGCAAAAAGGGUGGUAAAAAACACAACAAAGGUGGGAAAAAAGGUAUGAUGGGCAAUUUGAUGAUGAUAAUAGCAGCAAAACUAGCAGCCUUGCUUCCAUUAAAAAUCGCUGCUCUAUUCAUAAUGGCGAAGAAAGCUCUUAUAAUCGCUAAGAUUGCUCUUCUUAUUUCUGGACUCAUCGCUGCCAAAAAACUUUUGGGAGCCAAGAAAGGAGGUGGUAGCAGCGGAGGCUGGCAAUCCGUAAGUGACGGCGGGUGGCAAUCUGGAGGCGGCGGUGGAUGGCAAUCUGGAGGCGGUGGAGGAUGGCAAGCUGGAGGUGGUGGUGGUUGGGACAAGCGAUCGACUAACGAGGCUCAACCAUUAGCUUACAACGCAUACAAACCAAAACAAAUUUAA